AUGCGGCUGUUUCGUACCCUGCUGUUCCACGCCGUACGGUACGAGCGUGAAGGAUGGCGGGUAUGGAUUGAUACGUUGGCUCUAUUACACAUGUGGUUGGAGAAAUGCGAUCAUUUCAAUGCAACCUCCUCGCCGGGAUCCAGUCGCACAACACCGUCGGUACAUUCCAGACAAUCCAAUACCAGGUCCUCUGUCGAGGAUAUUGGUGUUGAUUUGACCGAACCAGAUGCUCGGCGUAUGAUCCAGUCGGAACUGAGCCCGGGAAAUCAUAUCACCGAUAUCGCUCCAUCCGAAGCGACGAGUCCCCCUAAUGGUUCGAAAGUAUCCAGUGUCGAACCGCCGGUUCCGACUGAUAGCGGCGGAUCGAUGACGCGUGACUCCAUGACACAAGCGUCCGUCUCCGGAGCGGAUCAAACCAUGGCGGUUCAAUCACCUGCACGUCGUUCCCGUGGCACAUUGUUUUUGCGCGAUUUUCGAUGGUCAAUGCUACACCAACUGCUUCUCGACGACUUACUGUGUUCCAUUGAAGAAGAUUUAGGCAUUGUGUCUCUCCGAUCCAGUACGGAUAAACCGGGAUUAUUUUAUCCGGUUCGAGGCGAGAGCACUGGGAUUACCCUAUCUCCACCUUCGGCCCCCUCGAAAGACGAUGGGACCGGACAGAACGCAUCCAGUCCGGAGACACGGGCGUUCACCCUGUUCGAGGAUUCGAGUAAUGCCACAUUUGCCAUCAAUCUGAUUCACUUCCUGUCCGAUUGCACCGAUAUGUUAGUCUCGGCUAGUGGUGGUUUGCUUCCCCUGUUAGCCGCCGCUUCUACUGCAACGUUCCUGACACCCAUUUGUCCCGACCGCCUUGAGCCCAACUUAGAAGCACUGAAUCAAUUGAAUAUCACCCUUAAUCUGGCAACUUAUCCUUCCGCUCCUCUCCCGACCGCAAAACUCUCACCGAAUCCGGAAUCACAGGGUGAUAUUGGCACAUUUGAAACGGUGGAGGGGAUGACCAUGAGUGAUGCGCUGUCUCUCACUCUGCGUAUAGCCUAUCUGCUGGAUUUGUGCAUUCUACACGUGGAUUUGCACACAAUUGAAAAACAACGAUCAAUGGCAUCCGGUGCCCUGGUGCGUCAAUUUGCUCGCCUCUGUGAGUUUCCCACCGAAAAUUCAUCGUUGUACAGUGUUCGCCUCAUUGGUUCUCGCUUAGCACCGUCCCACCUUUUACCUGCUGAUUACUUCACCAAAUGUUUACUCAUUUAA